UCAUAUUUAACGUAAAUAUAUGAGAAAAGGCAAUUGUUAUACUUCUUUUGUUAAGCAGUUUUCCUUUUCUUCUUGUCACUUCGACACUACAAGAAUUCUAAGAAUUACUAAUGCGAACUGAAGUGAAAUCGUGCUUUACUGCAACUACAACAAAAUCAUUUGAUCCAUAAUUUGAACCGGUGUUUUGGUUGAGUGAAACCGAGGAUGUGUCGUUUUUAUAAAAUAUCCUACAUAGACUAUAACUCUUUACAAAUAUUUCAACAAUAACAAUAUUUUAGAAAAAGAAAAGUAUCAUAAUUUUAAUUGCAAACUCUAGUCAAGCUUCAAAUGUGUUUAAACAAUUGGUGUGACUCAAAUACAAAUUGAACGUGUAGUUUUGUAAAUUUCAUUGGGUGAAUUUUAAGUGAAAGAAACGAAAGAAAAAUAUUUUCUGAAAUUAGUGAAACUCCUGAUUUGUCGGAGCCCGAACUGUCCAUCAAUGAAGAUGUCGAGGACACCUGGUCGCAGUCCGCCCAUGUUCCAAAGGGGGCGAUCGACGACUUGAGAGCUGCAUACGUCACCAUGACGUCAGAGGCCGCCCCCGCACCUCCCGGUUUGGGCGGCUGCGGCGGUGGCAGCACCUCCACCCUGUCCUCCACUUCGUCCUCCUCGGAGGACCCUCAGCCAAACCAAGGUGGAGCCCAGGAAUCCGGAACCAAGAGGCCUCUCCUUCUGUUGUCUCCCACGGGAGUACCGUGCUCCAAAGAGGAUUUGGAGCUCUUGGCUAGACUGGAGUUCCAGAACAAGCUUCUGGAAUCAGAUGCGAAAUCCCUGAACUCCCUGGCGUCGGGGCAUUCGAGGAAGUCGUCCAGUACCAGUCUAGUCUCGGUAGCCUCUGGAGACAGCAAGCAAAGUGCCAACGCGGAGGAAGACGGAGAAGAUGUUUGGCAAAUCUGGGGGUCCAUCGUCAACGAGUGGGAUACUUACUUCAAAAAGAAGAAUGGCUUCGUCAAAGAUCUAGUCCGGCGGGGGAUCCCGAACCACAUUCGGAACAUUGUGUGGCAGCUGCUGUGCAAUGCGCAGGCUUGUCCUGCUCGGGAGCUGUACACUGGCUACCUGAAGAGUUCAUCACCAUGCGAGAAGGUGAUCCUAAGGGACAUCGCUCGUACCUACCCGGAGCAUGAGUUCUUUCGGGAGAAGGAUGGUCCAGGACAGGAAAGUCUAUUCAACGUCAUGAAAGCCUACUCUCUGCAUGACCGGGAAGUAGGCUACUGCCAAGGGAGCGCCUUCAUUGUUGGUCUGCUGCUUCUGCUGAUGCCUGAAGAAGAUGCUUUUGUUGUCAUGGUGAGAUUAAUGGAGGAUUAUAGGUUAAGAGAGAUGUAUAAACCAAGUAUGGCAGAGCUUGGACUGUGCAUGUAUCAGUUGGAGUGCAUUGUUCAGGAACAAAUUCAAGAACUCCAUAUGCAUUUUCAAGCUCAGAGCUUCCAUACAUCCAUGUAUGCAUCAUCCUGGUUUUUGACUUUAUUCACUUCAUCUUUGCCCCUCCAUUUAGCCUGCCGAGUUAUGGAUCUCUUCCUAUCAGAGGGAAUGGAAAUGAUUUUUCGAAUCGGCAUUGCCAUUUUACAAUACUGUAAAGAAGAUUUAUUGCAGCAUGACAUGGAAGGAAUGUUAAGGUACUUCCAGAAAGAAAUGCCAGCAAAAUGUGAAGCAGAUCCUGAUUAUUUAAUAAAUUUAGCAAUGCAAGUUAAAUAUAGUAGUAAAAAAAUGAAAAAAUUAGAAAAAGAUUACACUUGUUAUAAGGCAAAAGAACAAGAAGAAAUGAUUGAACUAAGGAGAUUACGAACAGAAAAUAAACUUUUAAGGCAGAGGAUAGAAAAUUUAGAAUUGGAAAGUGCCUCGCUGGCCGACCGCCUAGUCCAAGGUCAGGUUACGAGAGCCCAAGAAGCAGAAGACAGCUACGCAUUAAAGCGAGAAUUAGCAUCCUUAAGGCAAAAGGAACUGCUUAUUGAACAGGAACUAGAACGAGCUUAUAGGAAAAUAAAAGAAUUAACAGAAGUCAAUUCACAGCAUUCCUCUCUUGAUAAUCAAACAGAAGAUUUAAUACAAUCAAUGCAACAAGAGUUGAUCUCAGUCAAAUUAAGAGAAGCAGAAAAGGAGGAUGCAAUGCAAGAUCUUUUGCAUAAAAUUCAUGAAUUGGAAUCUGUGAACAAAUGCUUAAAAGAGGCAUAUCCUGAAAAUACGAUUAUCCAUAUCCAAGAGGAACUUAUUGCUGUUAAGCUCAGAGAAGCUGAAGCUCAACAGUAUAUCAAAGAACUCUUACAGAAAAUCAACGACUUGCAGUCUCAAUUAGUUAAAUGUGUGGGAAACUCUUCAGCUAACCAUGGAAAUGGUGACAUGAAGAGCUCCGAGAACUGUUUACGAAAAGGAAAUGUUACAGAACUUCAACAGAGAAUUGUAUAUUUAGAGAAGAAGCUAAAUGAAAGUGAACUGAAAAAUAUGAAAAUGGAAAUGGAACAUAAAACUGUGGUUUCUGACUUUAAGAAAAAAGUUUCGCUCUUGGAAACACAGGUAAAGGAACUAGCUGACAGCAAUCAAUCAAAAAUAUCUGCUGAAAGUGAAGAUGUAAAAAUUUUAUGCAAAAGAGUUACUGAACUUCAAGAGAAACUGGCAGAACAGCGAGAAAUCAACAAGAAACUGACCUCUGCCCUUGAAAAUGGAGAUUCUGAUGCAAACCACAACAAUAAUGAUAAAAACUUCAGUCACAUAAGCCACUUCCUCUCGACCCUCAAACAGAGCCAGCAUAACCUAACUUGCGAAGAAGGAGGAAAUUUUGAACAGAUCUACAAACUUCGUCUUUCCCCGCAAGAUAUUCACCAAUCAGGGAAUUUAGAAAUGCUCAAGCACAAGGUCAAUGCAUCCUGAAUGUCUUCCCAGUCUGAUUUCUCAACAAUCUAUGGAGCAUGUAGCAACUGAAAUUCCUUGACAUAUCAGUUGUUCGAAAGUUUUUUUAAAUUACUUUUAGUGAAAGCAUUGCUUAAAAUUCUGUGGAUCUGUGUCACAUAGAUUGAAGAUG